UUACGAACCUUUCACUUCUUAUUUCAGUGUUAAGAUACAUUUCAAUAUGGAAUCUGUUGAAAUAAAAAUAAAUCAGGGUGUUUUAAAAGGUAAUGUCUCUAAGGAUUUUUUAGGGACGAAUUUCUUCAGUUUUCAAGGUAUUCCUUAUGCUAAACCGCCAAUAGGUAAUUUGAGAUUUCAGUUACCAGAAAAAUGGGAAUCUUGGGAAGGAGUCAAAAAUGCAACUCAAACAAAACCUGGUUGUUAUUCUGUCGAUUUCUUUUCCGGAAAUAUAACAGGAAGCGAAGAUUGUUUAUAUUUAAACGUUUAUACUCCCGAAAUUACAACCAAUUUAAAACCAGUGAUGGUUUUUAUCCAUGCCGGAGCAUUUUUAGCUGGCUCCGGAAGUACUAUUUUAUACGGUCCAGAAUAUCUAAUUUCCCAAAAUAUCGUUUUAGUUACUCUUAAUUAUAGAGUAGGAGCUUUAGGAUUCUUAUCUUUAGAACCUGAUUUACCAGGAAACGUUGGAUUAAUGGACCAAAUCAUGGCAUUAAAAUGGGUUCGUGAAAAUAUUUCCGAUUUCGGGGGAAAUCCCCGAAAUAUUACUUUAUUUGGGCAUAGCGCAGGAGCAGCUUCAGUUCAUUAUUUACUUUUAUCGCCUAAAUCAGAAGGUUUAUUUCAUAAAGCGAUCAUUCAAAGUGGUUCAGCUUUAGAUCCUUGGGCGAGAGGACAUGAAAAUUCGCAGAAAUUAAUUAAAGCAUUAGGAAUUAACGUUAAAAACAAUCAGGAAGCUUUAAAAAUUUUAAAAGAAGUUCCAGUUGAUGAUAUAUUGAUGGCUCAAUUAUCAAUUAAAGAUAGUUUAAUACCAAAUCUUCGAAGACCAUUUUCUCCAAUAAUUCAACAAAAAUCGACCCCAAACGCAUUUUUGACGGAAGAUCCUUUAAAAAUAAUCCUGGAAGGAAAUUAUAAUAAAAAUAUUCCAAUAAUUUUCGGUUACACCUCGCGCGAAGGGAUUCUUUUUGAUUUUAUGUACAAAGAAGCUAAACAAUACGAUUUAGAAACUGCAAUUCCUCACUUUAUGAAUAUCGAAAAAGGAUCUCCUUUAUCAUUAAAAAUAUCUGAAAAAAUUAAAAAAUUUUACUUCGAAGGAGACGAUUUUAAAAUAGGAGGUGAUAAAUUGUAUCAAUUACAAACCGAUAACUUAUUCCUUAGAGGAAUUUAUCAAUCCGCGAAACAUCAUGCAAAAGUAAAUAAAAACUCGGUUUAUCUUUAUCGAUUUUCAAUGGAAACCGAACUAAACACGAUGAGAAUGUUAUUUAAAAAAGAUAAUGUAGGAGCUUGCCACGGAGACGAUGUUUUUCAUGUUUUCAAAAAUUCAAUUUCGUUAAAUUGCGUUGAAAGAGGAUCAAAAGAAUUUGAUGGAGUGUUGAAAAUGGUGAGGUUAUGGAGUAAUUUUGCGAAAUUUGGAGAACCAAAAAUGGAUGAUUUAAUAAACGUUGAGUGGAAACCCAUUGAUGGAGAAAUGAAUUAUUUAGAUAUUAAUGUAGAUUUGAAACAAGGUGUUUUUCCGGAAAAAUCUCGAAUGGAAUUUUGGGAUGAAAUUUUAUCAAUUAAAUCAUGUUCUCGUUUAAAUAACAUGGAAAAUCCAAUAAUUCAUUUAGAAGAAGGGAAAAUACGUGGAAAAUUCGUUAGGGGAUGGAAAAAUAUUAAAUUUUAUAGUUUCCAAGCUAUUCCAUACGCUGAGCCCCCAAUCGGAAAAUUAAGAUUUAAGGCUCCUAUACCAAAAAAGAAAUGGUCCGAUAUUAAAGAUUGCACCAAAGAAGGAGAGGAGUGUUACUCAAGGCAUCUGUUUAAACAAAAUAUUGUAGGAUCGGAAGAUUGCUUAAUUUUAAAUGUUUACACCAAAGAUUUACCUAACGAAAAAAAUACAAGUUUAAAACCUGUUAUGGUCUGGAUUCAUGGUGGUGCUUUUAUAACCGGUUCAAGUAAAACUGAUCUUCAUGGACCUGAUUAUUUAGUUAAUGAAGAUGUGGUUAUUGUAACUAUAAAUUAUCGUUUAGGACUUCUUGGUUUUUUAUCCUUUGAAGAUCCAAAUUUAGACAUCCCCGGAAACGCCGGAUUUAAAGACCAAGUUUUAGCGUUAAAAUGGGUACAAAAAAACAUAAAAAAAUUCGGCGGGGAUCCAAAUAACGUCACGAUUUUUGGGGUUAGCGCUGGAGCUUCGUCUACUCAUAAUCUAAUUCUGUCGCCAAUAACGAAAGGAUUGUUUCAUAAAGCUAUUAUGCAAAGCGCCUCAGCAUUAUUACCUUGGAGUGUAACAAAAAGUCCGUCGAAAACUUUAAUGGAUCAAUUAGGAUUUAAAUCAGAAAAAGAUUUAUACGAAAAAUUACAAGGACUACCUGUUGAAGAAAUAUUUAAGAUUCAAGAAAAAAUGGGAGAUCAUUUUGAUGCUUAUAGACCGAGAGAAAUUGGUUUAGUAAUUGAAAAAUCAACGAAUAAAGAGGAUAAUUUUAUGCCAGAACAUCCUUUGGAAAUAAUUAAAAAAGGAUCUUACAACAAAGUACCGAUGAUAUUGGGGUAUUGUACUAGAGAAGGAAUGUUUUAUGCCUCACUUGAAAAGAAACGUAAAAUAAAAUUGUUAAUAACCAACUUUGAAGAUGCAAUCCCAAAUUAUUUAAACAUCCCGAGAGGGUCUCAAAAAUCGAAAGAAAUUGGAGAAAAAAUUAAAAAAUUUUAUUACGCCGAUGAAGAACCUAGCCAAGAAAAUAAAGAUAAAUUUUAUUUGUUAACCACUGAUAUUUUCUUCUUUUACGGGAUAUACAAAGCGAUGAAAUUGCAUGCUUUAAAAUCAAACCCACCAGUUUAUUUUUACAGGUUUGAUUUAGAAACAAAAUUAAAUAUUUAUAAGAAAUCAACUGGUUGUACACUUCCUGGAACGUCACACGCUGAUGAUAUAGCAUAUUUAUUUAAAACCGAUUACAUAACCGAAGAUGAUAUUCAAGAAACCAGUAUUGAAGAAAUAUCGAGUAAAAAAAUCGUAAAAAUGUGGACGUCUUUUGCAAAAACGGGAGAUCCAAAUCCAAAAGAUUACUCGAUAAACGCUAAAUGGAUACCUGUUGAAGAAAAUAGCAUCAAUUAUUUGAAUAUUUCCGAAACAUUUUCGGUGAAAGUUAAUCCAGAAGAGGACCGAAUUAAACUUUGGGAUGAAAUUCAUUCUUCUUGAUUUUAUUUGUAAAUAAAUCUUUUUAAUUUAAAAAAAAAA